GGGAGGUAAAGGCAGUUUGGGAGGGGGGGGGGCCUGUGGCACUGCCUGGCCUCUCCAGUGUAGGGAGCCACUGAGUUGAACUGGGGUGUCCUCCCCCCCCCACUUCCUGCCACCCCUCCCCCAGGAACAGGUGUGGUCUGUCCCCAGCUGGAAUUACUGUCAGGGUUGCCCCAGGAUCCAACUGGACAGAAGGAGCUUCAAGGCCUAGGAAGGGAAGAGAGGGCCCAAGUACAGGUAACCAGGCCUUGAGACUGGAAAACUGAUGUUUUGGCAACAAAAAUGCAAGUUGAAUCCCAGGUUGGGCUCCCGCAUGGCAGGUAUUUUCACCAUCCUCAGCACCAUCCAGUCCCUCAUUCUUGAUUUGGACCAGAAAUCUUCCUUUGGGAAGGAGCCCAACAAAUACAGCAUUUUUGAGGAUCUCCAUGGUUUGGCCUUCUGGACUGUUAGCUACAAGAAUAACAUCAUCAUCUUCUUGUCUAUCACCACGCUCCUUGCUAGUUCCUUUCUCCUCUACUCAGUGCACAUGAAACUCUACCUGGGCCUCCUGGUCUAUAUUUUCUGGAUCGUCAUUUAUGAUAUCACCUGCUUCUCUAUACUUCUGCUAAUCUCUAAGUUCAUCAGGCACCCCUUUACAUCUAUGAGGUACUACCUGUGGAUUAACCAAAUUUCCCGAAUGAUCCUCCAUGUAUUUUGGUUGCCCUUUGUCAUGGCCUAUGCCUAUAAUCUCCACAAGGGCCCAUAUGCUCAGUUGAGCAAGAAGGGUCUCCAUGCCAAACAGUAUUCUGAAAUCACCGCGGAUUCCUGGUCUCAUGUAACUUUACCCAAAGAGAGAAAAUUCACCUGAGCUUUGUAAAUUGGAAGAAAGGAAGGGAAGAUAGCCUCUCCUGGAUUUCUAGAUCCCCUACUUCCUACUCUAAUUCCUGAUCCUAAUGCUUUUCGUUCUAUUGAUGCUGAUUCUUGUUCCUAGUUAUUCAGAGUUCUUUUCCUCCUCCCCCCCAAACAAGAGUUUGUUCUGCAGGCAAAAGUUGAUGUAGGAAGGGGGAAAGUGGGGAGAGGAGAAUUUCACUUGGGUAAUUUGUUAAGUGUAUCCAAUCCCUUUUGGUGCUUAGUAAUAAAUUGUUUUGUGUUGUU